AUGAAGGUGCGAGCGUCUGGCCAGGGGCAAGAGGAUCCUGUCAUCGCUCAACCAGAAGCCGCCGAUGGAGGCCUAUCGAUACACGUCCAAGAAGACGAUGAUGGCGAUUACCCCGAGGGAGGGUUUACGGCUUGGAUGGUGGUUGUCGGCGCCUGGUGUGCCAUGGUCCCCCCGUUGGGCAUGAUGAAUACGCUCGCGGUGCUCCACGCUUGGCUCGGGGAGCACGAGCUGAAGGGGAUACCUGAGAGCACGACGGGUUGGAUUUUGAGUGUCUACGCUUUCUUUAUCACCGCUUGUGGUGCCCAAGUUGGACCGAUUUUCGAUGCUCACGACAUCAAACUUCUACUAAUACCUGGCUCCAUUGGCACGGUCUUGUCCAUGGUGUUUCUCAGUCUAUCAACGGAGUUCUACCAGUUCCUCCUGUCGUUCGGCUUCUGCGGCGGCAUCUCCGCCUCUCUCCUCUUCAACCCAGCCCUCUCCGUCGUGGGCCACUGGUUCUGCAAGCGCCGCGCCCUCGCAACAGGCCUGGCCUGCACGGCCGGCGGCCUAGGAGGCAUCGGCUUCUCCCUCAUCAUCCAGCAUCUCGCCCCGCGCAUCGGCUUCCCCUGGGCCAUGCGCGUCAUCGCCCUCAUCUCCCUCGUCCUCCUCCUGAUCGCCAACGUCUUCCUCCGCAAGCGCAUACCAGAUAAUAAAGACGCAAAGCUGUACAUGGACUUCGGCCAGCUGCGCGACGCAAAGUUCGCCAUCACCGUCCUCGCCAUCUUCCUCGUCGAGUUCGCCGUCUUCGUCCCCUACUCGUACAUCUCCUCCUACGCGGUCCGCAGCGGCCUCGGCCUGCAGACCUCCCUCCUCCUCAACACCGUGCUCAACGCGGGCGCCAUCCCUGGCCGCGUCCUGCCGGGCUACGUGGCCGACCGGGUCGGCGCCUUCAACACCAUGUGCGCCACGUCGCUGUGCUGCGGCGCCCUCGUUCUGGGGCUGUGGCUGGUCGCGGGUGGAAAUUAUGUGCGCGUCGUGUCGUUCGCGGCGCUGUUCGGGUUCUGGUCCGGCGCGGCCAUCAGCCUGUCGCCCGUGUGCGUGUCGCGGGUGUGCCGGAUCGAGGACUACGGCAAGGCGAACGGGAUCACGUACUUUGUGGCCAGCUUCGGGGCGCUGGUGGGUAUUCCCAUCGCGGGCGCGUUGGUGAAGGAUGAGGGGGCCGGCGCCGGGUCGUACAGGGCGUUGAUUUUGUUUGGGGGGAUGGCUUACAUGUUGGCGUUUGCGGCGUUUUGCGUGGCGAGGGGGGUGGCAGGUGGAUGGAAGCUGGGGUGGUUUUGA